UUGAAAACAGUUGAGACGUGGCUCCGCGAAGCACUUCUCGAAAUCGAGGUGUUGUGGAUGAAGGGAGAUAGGAGUUUACCUCGCCGCAUAAAGCGGAGAAGGACAGGGGAGCUUGGACCAUCCUGAAAGUUGCGGUGCGGCCGGGUGACGUAGCGGGACCGAAGAAUAGACGGAGGGGCUGAAGAAAAGCAGUACCUAAGUACCACACAUACAUGGUAGAAGAUGAACUGCGUGAAAGUAAACAAUGAAAGAAAUGUCAAGCGACUUAGCAUUUACCUAAGACUAAGCGUAUAUUAUGUCUGGCAAGUGUCUGUUGAAAAAAACUUUUCUGCCCCUCCAAGUGUACCUUUCUCAAAAAGUCAACAACGAAGGUCAUACCCCAACAUAAUUAACUCCCAAAUUAUGGCAACCAUGGAGAAUAGUAUUCCAGGACAAAGCAAUAAUGCGGUAUCAAAAAUGGCCGAAACAACCACAACAUCCCAACCUCUAACCUCAAAAUACUCGUCAAGAUACAGAGGGGCAACGGUAGAAGACCUUGAUCCUCCCUCCGCCCUCUCCUGCAACCCUACAGACCGAAUAUCCCAUGCCCUCCUUUCCGCCUUUGAGCGAGACUACACACACCUUACAGUCGUAUCUGCCACCAACCGAGCCCUGCUAGGCUACCUCUCUAUCCCACAUCUACAAAUCCUCCUUAAGGCUGGCAAGGUACAAGAGGCAGAUGAGGUGUCCAAGGCAAUGGUCAAGUUUCGGAGGAAGGGUAGGGUGUAUAAGGUCAUUACGAUGGAUACACCGCUCGAAGAGCUAGAGCUGUUCUUCAACGGAGGAGAGAAUGGGGAAGCUGGAAAACAAGAGUUUGCCGUAGUAACGGAUGAGAGGAGACGAUUCGUGUUAGGUGUAGCGACGAGGACGGAUUUGGAGGAAUUUGCUAGGAGGAGACCAGCUUGAGAGAAACAUGGUGCAUGGUGGGCGAGGGAUUAGAUUGCAUGCCUAAAGCGGAAUUCAAGGUUGCAAACGAGAAUGUGUUGCUCUACUGAAAUAUACAGAUCAGUAGAUCCAGAGUUCUUCGCAGGUGGUUCAGCUUUCGAAUUUGCCAGCGGGAGUGACUCCAUGCUAUCAAGCUAAGUAUUGACUUUCCAAGUUGAUCAUGUAUUCCCAGUCGUUCAUCCUCUUGAAUGCUCUUGGUCAGGAAUUCGUUGUUUAUUUGAAACCGAAGAACUCAUCUCACAAACUCCACCCUCCUCCUUCCGAGCACAGACUUCUGAGAACGCACCAUGAUGUUCGUUCUUAUUGGUAGGACUAUUGAAAGGUACCUUCGCGCUGAUAAAAGGAUACUCGCUUAACUACCAGCGUGUGAUUGGACUAUUUCCAAACAAACACUAUAGAAAGAUGAAUGCGCGACAUAGUUUAAUGACUCGUUCGAAAUUUCAGGAACAAGAAGCCCACCUUUCUACUUCUGUAGCUCAAAUCUUAGACAGCUUUACAGGGUGGCUGGGGCGAGUGUUGAAUCAGGCUGAAGGUGCAAUAUGGCCUAUCAUCGGAGGCACUGAUAAGGAUUUACCAUACGAUUACGCUACGAAAACAUUGACGAAAAAAGUGCGACAUGCAACAGAAAUCUAGCAUUGCUAAAGAUCGGCGCCAGUCCCAAUGAAAUCAAGCUUAAAGGGAUGCAUGUCAAAGUGCAAAAAGUUCUAGAAGAGUUCAAGCAAGUCCGCUUAAAGUGGUGUCAGCCUACCAGAAUCCCGAGAGAUAAGAAGACCGGGCAGCUUAUCUUUACCAAUGACACAGGGCGGUC